AGCUUUUAAGAUGGUGUAACUUUGCCACAUUGACCUGUUAGCAGCACAGCUGCAGCAGCGGGACCGUCCCCUGCCGUGUCUCUGGCUUCACUGCAGAUCAGGUCUAAGGAGAUCAUGGAUGUUUCAAAUACAAGGACUGAAGCUUUAUCAAUGGAGCCUAGUUCCAAGCUUUUUUGCUGUGGAUCCGUGAGACGUUGCAUCCCUCUAGUAUAUAGACAGGAGCUUUACCACAUCCUGCGCAUGACUGGACCCCUGGUUGCUUCGCGCAUUCUGAAUUAUCUCCUACCAUUUGUCAUAACAAUGUUUUGCGGUCGCCUGGGAAACAGUGUGCUCGCUGGUUAUGGAAUGGCCUCAGCUACAAUAAACAUAACAACUGCAGCUACAGGUGGAGGUCUUGCACUGGCUGCUGACACCCUUAUCUCUCAGACCUUUGGUGGGAAGAAUCUGCACCGUGUUGGCAUGAUCUUGCAGAGAAGUGUCCUGAUCCUCCUGCUCUUCUGUUUGCCCUGUUGGGCUCUGCUCAUUAACACCCAGCCCCUCCUCCUUCUGCUAGGUCAAGAUCCAGAGGUGGCCAGAAUAGCACAACUCUAUGUGGUUUGUUACCUGCCAGCAGUUCCAGCUAUGUUUUUGCAUCAGCUGCAAGUAGCCUAUCUCCAAAACCAGGGAGUGAUUCUGCCUCAGAUGUAUGCAGCCAUUGCAGCCAACAUUGCAAAUGUGUUGACAAACUACAUCCUUCUGAACUGGUUGGACCUUGGGUUAUAUGGAUCUGCUGCUGCCAACACCAUAUCUCAGCUCUAUAUUUGUGUUUUCCUCUAUUUAUAUAUUCGUUGGAAGAAGCUCCAUGUUGAAACAUGGGGAGGCUGGUCGUGUGACUCUCUGCAGGAGUGGGAUGGAUAUAUGAAACUGGCCAUCCCCAGCACCAUGAUGCUUUGCUUUGAGUGGUGGAUUUAUGAGGUUGGAGGAUUCUUAGCAGGCAUGCUAGGGGAACUGGAUCUGGCAGCUCAACAUGCAGUCAUUAUGCUGGCUUUUAUAAACUACAUGUUUCCAUUAGGGAUUCAAGGUGCAGCGUGUGUGCGUGUGGGUAAUGCACUUGGAGCUGGAGAUACAGCUGGAGCAAUUCGCACCUGCAAGGUGUCCCUCAUCUGCACAGCUGCCUUGGCAAUUUUGCAAGGUCUUGUACUUGCAUCGACAAAAACUGUGAUUGGUUUCUUAUUUACAUCAGACGGGCAUAUUGUGGUGCUCGUCUCCAAACUCUUAAACGUCUAUUGUGUGCUUCAGUUCUUUGAUGGUCUUGUUUGUGUCAGCAUGGGUAUUCUGUUGGGUUCAGGGCAGCAGAAGAUAGCAGCUGUAGCUAAUUUCUUUGGCUAUUACUGCAUUGGACUUCCACUUGGCACCUCUCUCAUGUUUGCUGCGAAAUUAGACGUUGUUGGCUUUUGGCUGGGACUUCUCAUCUGUGUAUGUGUGCAGUCCAGUUUUUUCAUUGCAGUCAUUUUUAAGCUCAACUGGGACAGAGUGACCAAAGAGGCAGUGGAAAGGGCUGGAAAGAGUCAAAUGUCUCCAGUGUCAACUCCGCAUAGUCUCACAGCGAGGCACGGAGAGAAUGGGGAUGAGUACAUGACCAUGAACUUGAAUGAUCAGGACGAGGAGCCACACGCGGAGGAAAAGCCUGCAGUUCUGCUAUCUACCGCUCAGCUGAUCCUCAGGAGGGGUCUGACCAGCCUCGCAGCUCUUCUCAUCCUAGCUGCGGGGAUAGCUGUCCAUCUCACUGUGCCUUUACCUGAAGUGUCUUAUGCCCUCACAGCAAAUACUACUUUGGACUCAAACUUUACUACUCCUUCAUCUCUCAUCCAUUCAACUUCAAUCUCAAUCUGAAAACAAGAGGCUAGAGCUGUAGCUGUUCAUACGUAUAUGCCAGGUGUUUUAUGUUUCACCAUUAUCUAGAAAGUAAAUUUUUCCAAAAUUAACACACACACACACACACACACACA